AUGGAAGCGGCUGAAGAUUUCGAAUCGAGACUAGCUCAAGAGAUUGGCAACUUAUCCACAAGGCUUGUCACUGCGGUGAACAAGCAAGUCGAACUAGAAGAGACCAAUUUGCAACUACGCAAACAGAUUUUCGCCCUUACAGAAAAGAACAAGCUUUUGGCCACAAGCGAUGAAAACUACAGGUUGGUGUUGCCCAAAUACCUCAAGCUUCAAGAUGAGUUCAAAGACGCAAACAUCAAGAAGGAAAUCGCCGAGUCCGAAAACCUGAAACUUCGAGUGGAAGUCGAAGACUUGACGGCCUCCUUGUUUGACGAAGCAAACACCAUGGUCUCCAAUGCUUCACGGGAAACGCACAAUUUCAAAGUCAAGAAUAGGAAGCUUUAUGAAGAAAUUGAUGAAAAGAACAUCAUUAUUAGUAAUUUGCAGGACCAACUACAGGACUUGAAGCAGAUGUUCAUCAAGAUUGAAGAUCAACAGCGCUUGAUGCAUUAUUCUACUGGAUUAAGCACACCGAGAGACCGAAGUAUGGAGUAUUUCGCUUCUGCUGAAGGCGACUCGGGUACUGGAGUUGACGAAGACGCUAGCUUAAAGUUGCAGCAGUUGUCGGAUUGCUUAUAUUCGCCUCAAAUUGCCGCCAUCAGAUUCGAUUUGAACAACUAUAACAAGGACUUUAAAGGGUUUGUGUAUGCCUUGAUCAAACCCGAUUUCCAAUUCGACUUGAUCCAUUUGAAAAACCUUGCCUAUUUCAAAAGUGUGUGGAGCGAGGAAGUUGAAAAUGCCAUUGGCCACAUCCCUGCACUUCCACAAACCAGCAGCAUACUAAACCGAUGGCAGAAGGGGAAAAACUUUUGGACUUCAUUGGUGGAAGGAAGAGUGUCUAUUGAGCCUGUCAAAGGGUAUCAUGAGUAUAAAGAGGGUAAAAUGGGCAAGGCGAACCCUGAGUUGCUUCAGUUGGCUAUUCGCGACAGUUGCAGCUUUUGUGGCGAAUUUAGGGGCGAGAAUUUCGAGCAAUGCCGAUUCCAUCAUUAUAAGAUCUACGAAGUUGACGAGACGUUGGUGGCUCAAUACCCAUUGUGCAGCUACUGCGUCAUCAAGUUGCGCAACCUAUGCGAGUUUUUUGCAAAAUUGAGGCUCAUCAAGUCAAAUGUGUUUAAAUUGCAGCAAAAUUCAUCAUUUGAUGAGUUUGCCCCAGUGGCUUCGGCAGCUUCGACAUUUUACAAAAGAUCAACAUCGAGUCUGUCUACGCCGACCAUGCCUACGUAUUCUAUGGCACCAUCGUCAACAACAGGAGCAACAAGUGCUACUGGAGCUUCAACGAAUUCAGCUGGAUCUUCACCAGCACCAGAUAGCAAUUUGAUGAAUGGGCAUGUGCACGGAAUUGAGUUGGAUCUUGACGAGGAAUCCAAAUUGAUCAAGAUAUAUCUAAUGCUUGUCUUGGUUAGACUCAAGAUAUUCUGGGGCAGAUUAGGAAUUUGGGAUAAUGGCGAGCAAAUCAAUGAAAUCAACAUAAAUGAGAUUAAUCAUGACGUGUUUGUACACUUGAUACCUCCCUCAAGGAGACAAAACUUGAAAAGCCUCACCAAUAGUGCAAGUAAACCAACAACUCCUCGACACUCUGCCGAGAUCGAGAAUCCAACAGAAGAGAUGAACUUCCAUAAAUCAAACGUGGGACCAUUCCCCAAUGGCGCUGCCAUUGUGAAUUCCCCUUCUUUGCAAAGCUCGCCACCAGCAAAUGCAAAUAACUCCCCAGAAGCUGAUUCGAGUGGCACAACGACUGCCACUACAAGGUCUCAAUCGGGCGGAGAUGCCCAAGAAGAACCCGAGGCAGCGUCGAGUAAUAAACUGCUAGAGAACAACAACGACGAAAAGUCCAUCAGCGAUAGAUCAGAAUAUUCCCUGGCAGUGUCGGAAUCACAAGAACUGAAACAUUCGUCUAGUAAGUCAUCAUCAUCGAGAAGCCAGCCACAAGGAAAUGACCCGGGUCUACAGAGAAGGAAAUCUCAAACGAAGGAAUUCAAGAUGAAGAUAGAUAAAGAUUUGAAUCAGACUUUGGAAAUGUUGGCGGAGAACUUGAAAGAGUGA